AUGAUCGAUAUGCCUGAUAAAUCACUUCCAGUUCCAAAAUAUCAGAUGAAACAGAACGAGACAACAGAUGUUAAACGUGCUAGAUUACUAUAUCAGUCAAGGAAACGCGGAAUGUUAGAGAAUGGAUUAAUUUUAAGCACUUUUGCGUCUGAAUACCUGAAUAAGAUGAGCGAAAAUCAACUGGAUCUUUAUGAUAAUUUAAUUAAUCAAGUAUCAAAUGAUUGGGAUAUAUACUAUUACGCAACAAAUAUUAAAGAGAUACCAGCAGAGUAUAACAAUGAAAUAAUGGAUAUGCUAAAGAAACAUGUCAAGAACGAAAGGAAGGAAGAAAGAUUUAAACAGCCUGAUCUUCAGUUUAAUUAA